AUGGUAUACAAUUCUUUGACUGAUAUCCCUCGUAACCUCAAGGAGGGCAUUGACUGGUUGAUCGCCCUGAAGGGAACUGAUGGUGAAAAGAACUUGGCGGCCAUGGGUGCCGCAGUCUACAAUUUUCUAGCACCGUGUCUUCCUGAACGUGUUGCAGAAGAAGUUGUGGGUGACGCCGCAAAGGGUGUCUUAAACAACCCUGUAGGCAACCCCGCUGACUCCAAGCCAUUUCUAGCUCUCGAGCAUAUAAAGCUUAUUUCCAUGGGGUACAUGUGGCAAAAGGAGCUUAGGGAAUUGUGGCCCGCGAACGUGAUGCUAAAGUUAUUCAUCAAGUUUAUCGAUAAGAAACCCAGCGAGCUCGCUAACACCAUAAAAGACAAUCCUGAAACGGUCACCGAGAAAUUAGGUAAAAUUGUGAAUGGUUGCGAGAAGUUCGUCAGUGAUAUAAAGCACCCUGAGCAGUACAAAUCUGCUUACGGCAAAAACGCGACGUGGGUUAAAUCAUGUUCACAAAACCCAGAAGACUGCGCGGCGGUUUUCGUGGGGAUUGCUCCGAUGCUAUACGUAGGCCUAGAAUCCUUGCGCGAUGCGAGCCAAGAUGCAAAAAAAGCCGAGCCUAGUGAGGCAGGAGAGAAUUUUAGAAAGGUACUGAAAGCGGUAGGUCUCAAGGAUCGAGGAUCUAGCAAUGAUAGUUCGGAUCUAGACGAAGCGCAGAACCGUUUGGGAGAGGUAUUGCAGGCCAUGGGUUACGAGCAGCGUAGAAUCCGCGAUAGUAUGCGUGGUUCGUAUGUCCUCCAAUCUUUAAGCGUUUUAGAUCAUGAUCUAUUGAACAGCCUUUACGACAUCUCUGGAUUUGAUGUUACUAUUGAGUGGGGAUUGCGAAAGUCUAAAAGCAAAUCGACAACAAACGUUUCUGCCUAUUGGCCCGCAUUAUAG